AAACACAGGUAAAUUAAAUUCACUAAAUAAAAAAAUAUAACACCAAAAUUUGAUAUCCCUUUUCAAUCAAAGGAGAAAAAAACAAAUUGUAAAAGCUGAUUGGAGAAAUAAUCAAAUGAAAUGAACAGAUAAAGAGAAAUUGUUCUUCUGUCUCCAUUGGCUUUCAGCUUUCACCUGAAGCCACUUUUUCUCUUUCAUCUCUUCAAGUUGAAUUAAGGUCAAAUUGAAUGAACAAAAAGACCCACAUCUUAAUCAUCUAUUUUCUUUUGGUUUGGGUCAAAUUGGUCUCAUUUUUCUGAGAACCCAGUGAAAAAAGAUUGCACCUUUAGCCCCAAAACUAGCAAAGAGGAGGAAGAUUCACCAAAAUUCAACACAAUCAUGGAAGAACUACUUGAGUUGCAAUCAGAAGAAGUCAAAUUAUCUAUGGAGAAAAAUAAGAAAAGAAGGCUCAAAACACCAGCCCAGGUUAUGGCCUUGGAAAAAUUUUAUAAUGAUCACAAAUAUCCCACAGAGGAAAUGAAAUCAACACUUGCCGAUGAGUUAGAGUUGACAGAAAAGCAAGUAUCUGGAUGGUUUUGUCACCGAAGAUUAAAAGAUAAAAGAUUGUUGAAUGAUGAAGUGGGUGCUAAUGGACGACAAGAUCGUUCAAGUGGUGUCAUUCAGGAUCGUGGCAGUGGGCUCGGGCAAGAUUCAUGUGGAAGCACUAAACAUUGUGACUAUAGGUUUCUUGAUCCCAAAGAGGUUGAGAGUCGUGAUAUAUAUAACACUGAAUUUUCAGCUGUGGAUAUGACCUAUGGACAAAGGACCCAUUAUCCAGAAGAUGAUAGUGCAACGGAUAACAAGUCAUUUGAGAGUAGCUUGUCUCUGCAAGAAUGGUUUCCUCAAGAACAGGAUCCAUAUGAUAUGGGGCCUUCUAGAUUUCCUAUACCUAGUGGACCUCUUCCACCCCCAAAUCCCAAGGUUGCAAAGAACAUGGGAAAUAAACCAUCAGGAUAUUUGAAAGUAAAGGGUGAGAUGGAACAUGCUGCUAUAACUUCUGUUAAGAAGCAGUUAGGAAAGCAUUAUCGAGAAAAUGGUCCACUACUUACUGUUGAAUUUGAUACAAUUCCUCUUGGGGCAUUUGAAUGUCAUAUUGCAGAUCCAGCUAACGAACCAAACAAUGUUGCAAACCCUAUUUAUCCAAAUUCUCCAGAUAUCUCGGCAUUGAAAAGGCUAUCUGAUCUAAGCUCUCGAUAUGAUUCAUAUUUUACCAAAUUAAGUUCCCAAGAUUCACAUGUGGAAGGAGGUGACUUUGGCUCCUUGCUUGAUUCUGAUUUCCAGGAUGAAAAACCCUGCCAGCAUAUAAAUCAAAGAUCAACUUUUCACAGUUUUACCAAUCAUUUGCCUCGCAGGAACUCUUCCUUGGAUUUGUAUGUAGACUCUGCUGGGGAAGCUUGUGCUUUUAAUAGCUCUAAAAAUCAUAGAAUGGGUACUAAGCAUGGGCUUGAGUGGAUUAGAUCUGAUUCUGCUUCUAACCCCAGUGAUCAAUAUGAAGAGAAUAAUCUUGUAGUUAAGCAGAGAGACUCAUUGCUGCAUGGCUAUGAUAACAGCAAUCUAAAGAACAUGAAAAGGAGUGAAUAUGUAAAAGCCAAGCCUUCAAAUUUGAUGCAUAAAUCACGAAUUUUCAUGAAUAUUGAAAAAAGACAGCCUUCUAAAAGGAUGACAAAGGAAGAGAAGUUUAAAGGAGAUAGAAAGGUUAAAAAACAAAAUCACGAUUCAGAUGCUGUAAGGACACUUUCAAAUGAAAUGAUGGACCCUUCUUUUACAUUUACUCCAUGUGUUACAAAGCGAGCUAAAGUUGAUCUACUCCAACAUUAUGAUGUUCAAGAAGCACCCGUUGCUGAGAUGGAACCAAGGAAAAGUCAGAGGUACACUGCAGAGAUGCCAUAUAGCAUUAGUGAGGAUGAAACUGCUGAAACUGGUUCCUCAAUAGAUUAAGUGUUGUUCAUAUGUGGUAAAAUAUUUGUGAAGUUUCUCUAAGCCUAAGCCAUUGGUUUUGUACAGUCUAGAAAGACAGAUUCAUUUUGCCAAGUAUAUAAUGGGAGGCCCUGUUUGUAGCAGCCAGAUCACAUGACCAAAUUGAUUUGCUGUUGUGCUUGCCUAUUUUCUAUUGUAAGAAAAGAACCCCCCCCCCCCCCCUUCCCUCCUAAAAUUUUGAAUGUAAAAUCUCAUUUUCCCACAACUGCUUAUGGUAGGAGGGAUCCAAAUGCAAUUUAUAGUUAAGUGUCAUUCUUUUCCUCAGUGGUUUAAUUGGCAAUGCCUAAGACAUGACUUCAAUAAAAUAGAGUAGAAGGAGACCUAGAAGAAUUUU